GCCCGCCCCUAACCCAUGCUGAGGACCCUGGUAAGGUGAGUGAGGCUGGGCUCCCAGACCCACCUAGGAGUGCUGUCUCCUCCGCCCCAGAUUUGAGGAGCCCCUUCCCACCAGCGACCCCCACCCUGAACCUGCCGGCGCACCUGCUGCUUCUCUCCAGCAGAGUUCUCUAGAUCCAGCCCUGGCAGCUGCCUGUGGGAGCUGGGCUCUAAAAGUGACCUUUCUGGUGCCCUGCCUGGAAGGGGCUGCUUUAGUGACUGGUGCCCCAGGGAGAAGCAGGCUGUGACCUAACCCAGAAGGGAACUCAGGGAAACGCCUGCCCUUUGAAGACCUCUGCUGGAGCCUCAAAGAUGUCUCUGGAAAAGAUGUGGGAGAAUGUCACCUGCUCUAUCUGUCUGGAUCCCAUGGUGGCGCCUAUGAGUAUCGAAUGUGGCCAUUGCUUCUGCAAGGAAUGCAUUUCUGAGGUUGGGAAAAAUGGCGGCAGUACAUGUCCCGAGUGCCGGCAACACUUUCUGCUCAGAAACCUCAGGCCCAAUCGACAUAUAGCCAACAUGAUAGAAGACCUUAAAAGAACAGCCAGGGAUGCCGGGAAAGGCACCCAGGAAGACUGCUGCAUGAAGCAUGGAGAGAAACUUCACGUGUUCUGUGAGGAAGAUGGGCAGGCCCUUUGCUGGGUGUGUGCCCAGUCUGGGAAACAUCGCGACCACACCAAGGUCCCUAUUGAAGAGGCUGCUCGGGUAUACCAGGAGAAGCUCCUCGUGGCUUUAGAAAAACUGAGGAAAGGGAAAGAAUGGGCCGAGAAGCUGGAAAUGGAUCUUGCAACGCAAAGAACAGACUGGAAGAGGAGCGUGGACAUACAAAAGUCGAGGAUUCAUGCGGAAUUUGUACACCAGAAUAGCUUGCUGGCCAAGGAGGAGCAAAGGCAGCUGCAGAAACUAGAGAAGGAUGAGAGGGAGCACCUGAAACUCCUGGGGGAGAAGGAGGCUGAGCUGGCUGAGAAGAACCAGGCCCUGCAGGAGCUGAUCGCAGAGCUGGAGAGGAGGAGCCGGGGCUCCAAGCUGGAGCUACUGCAGGAGGUGAGGUUUGUCCUGGAAAGGAGUAAAUCCUUGAACCUGGAACCAUUAGAUGUUGCCUCCCCAGACCUGACAAAUGCAUGCCAUGUGCCAGGGCGGAAGAAAAUGCUGAGGACAUGUUGGGUACAUAUUACUCUGGAUCGCAACACAGCCAACCCAUGGCUCAUCAUCCCAAAGGAUCGGAGACAAGUGAGGAUUGGAGACAGCCAUCAGAAUGUGUCUGAAAAUGAUGAGAGAUUUAAUAAUUACCCAGUGGUGCUGGGUGCCCAAAGAUUCACUUCUGGGAAGAUGUACUGGGAGGUAGAUGUGACCAGAAAAGAGGCCUGGGAACUGGGGAUUUGCAGAGAAUCUGUACAGAGGAAGGGACAGUUUUUAUUCAGUCCUGAGAAUGGCUUCUGGAUCAUUUGGCUGUGGAAUAAAGACAUCUAUGAGGCUGGCACCAACCCCCAGACCACCCUCCACCUUCAGGUGCCUCCAUGCCAAGUUGGGAUCUUUGUAGACUAUGAGGCUGGCAUUGUCUCCUUCUAUAACAUCACUGACCAUGGCUCCCUCAUCUACACCUUCUCGCAGUGUACUUUUGCUGGACCUCUGCGGCCAUUCUUCAGUGUCGGUUUCAAUGAUGAUGGGGGCAACGCGGCACCUCUAAAGCUCUGUCCACUGAAGAUGUGAUGAUCAGGAGCUGGUGCCUCCUGAUAGCACCUUCUGGGCACAUGUUUCCUCCUCCUUGGCGUGAUCCAGGUCCAAUGACUACUGGAGGGGCUAUUGUUACUCACUUCCUGUUGGUGAUCCUCAGCCAUGCACUCUGCCUGUUUUGCCCAUCCAGUUGGAGCCAUCCCGCACCCUCAUCUCUUUAGAGGAGUCAGGGCCCUAGAAUGAAGGCAUUAGCUGGAGGUAACAGAAAGUCAAUGUCAAGUGACCUUCAGCAUCAAUAUUCCUAACAUAGGUUCUUUAAUGAUUCCCUCCAGUGAAACAGACUCCUCACAGUGGACCCAAACUCAUCUAGCUCAGUCAAAACCACAUUUCUGCCUCCUUUGUGUAGCUUAUUUUGUUUUCUUUUCUCUUAUUUCUCGGCUAUCACCUUUGGCUAGAAAACUAUUCCUGUAUCAUCCUUGGCUUGCAGAAGGGCUUUCUAAGAAACUAUGCCUCAGUCCUUGUUGAUAAAGCCCAAAAUAUGUGUCUUUAACAUGGUAUAUAUUUUGAUAUGGUUUGGUUUUGUUGUUGUUACUAGAGGGGUUUUUUUAUUUGUUGUUUGUUUUGUUUGUUUGUUUUCCCUCCCUGGAAUAUCUUCCAGGGUCAGAAUAUCUUCCAGGGUAACAAACCAAAGCCAGAAUAAAGUAGUGAAAGUGGUUUAUACAAGAGCUAAAUAUGACAAUGACAGUAUACUCGAUGUCCCCAGUGGCAGCAAAGCCUAGGUACCACGCUAGCCUGGUCAGUGAGUCUUUGCAGUUGAAUCUCACAAGGCAGGGACAGUUGUCAGCUUAUGGGUGAGCUCUUCCCUGUUUCCAUUGCCUUGAAGAAAGUGCAACUAGUAGCUGAGCUAGAACAUAAACAUAUCCAGAACUUCAAAAAUGCUGUAAGCAGAUUUAAGAUGAAGGAUGGAUAAAUGCACAAUAAAGAAAAUCCAGGAUUUUUUUAAAUUCCGUCAGUAGUUCCAGAAGUUUUUCCAUACACUAUGGAUGGAAACAAUUAUGACCCAACAGCUGCCAGAGUCAAGAAGCUGUGGAUACUCCCCUGUUGCUCCAACUCAAACCAAAGAGGCCUCUCAGCUCUCACAACAGUACAGCCUCACAGAGACCCAUUUCAACACAGAACUACAGCGACUGAAGGUUAACCUGUGGGUGGUGUGAAAGGAUCCUGAUGUGGGCAGCUAUGAUGAAAAGUGGCAAGUUGGUGCAACGGGUCAGAGUAUCGAAGCGCCGGGUAUUGGUGGCGCACGCCUUUAAUCCCAGCACUCGGGAGGCAGAGGCAGGCAGAUCUCUGAGUUCAAGGCCAACCCGGUCUACAGAUCGAGUUCCAGUACAGGCUCCAAAACAAUACAGAGAAACCCUGUCUCGAAAAACCAAAAAAAUAAAAAAAGACUUAAUGUCUACCUCAGAAAGCUGAAAGAAUCCUUGAGCUACCUGACUAGGAGGAUGGGCAGAGAACUACAGACAUUCUCUAUGCCUCAAAUGAAGGCUUUGUGGUACCCAAUAAAGACGGCCAGGGAUGGAACAAGGGGAGUAGCUAGACCAGAAGAAAACAUCUGUAUUUCUUUCAUUCCAAGUCAUGUUUAACAGUGCUGUUCCCUUUCAUUAUCCGUUCUAAAGAAAUUCACUUAUGGUUUUGUUUGUCUUAAAAGUACGUUUUGCCUCCCUCCUUUGUCAAUAACUUUGAGGUUAAACUUUGAGCUUGUAGCCAAGCAGUGGCUUGUCUGUUCUGGGGAACAAAGAAGCUAACUAUGGAGUUCACCAUGUGACUGUUGGUCACAUGAUUUGGUCAAAAAGAUGGUUUUGUGGGAUGCUCGCAGGUGGUGGCACCAGUAGGGAGAUGUAAACAUUGAAUUAAACUUUGAGCUAGUGUGAAGUUUGGCAAAGAAUGUUUUGAUAAAUAAAUGCCAUGGGAGUAUUUAAAA